AGGGCCUCCCUCCCUUUUCUCUUCUCUCUCCAUCCAUUUUUACUCUGUGUAUGUGUGUGUUUAGUAGCGGGAGGGGGGGGGUGCUGAGCCAUCUGCAAGCCCAGUGCCUGGAUUUAUGAUAUGCACACACACUCAAGUUAAGUUUGAUAACAAAUAAGCACCGCCUCGCUGUAGUUUUGGAUUCGUAUCGAGUACAGACGGAUCCUCCGCGGAUGUUUUCCUUUCCUGCGCCUUAGAUUUCUUUUCACACUAGUUCUCUUCCCUGUCCGAAAUCUACGGGACAUGUCGAGAGGCGGAGGCGUUUCUUCUUCCACCCAAAACCUCCCCAAGUUGGGACCCCACUGACGCGCAAUGACAUGAAGCAGGAACACACUGGUGGACGUCUCUGAAGUUGCCAGGAGGUGGACAACUUCACUGCAUUUUUCUGCUGAACUGAUCUCUAACGAACCACCUUGCCUGAGGCGACACAGCGGGCUGGCCCGCUGUUAGACUGUCUUUUGCCACCUGUAAAACACCACUGCCAUCAUGCAGACCUCAUCGCUCCGCCGGCAGAUGAAAAACAUGGUCAACAACUACACAGAGGCCGAGAUCAAGGUCCGAGAGGCCACCUCCAACGACCACUGGGGGCCCUCCAGCUCGCUCAUGUCUGAAAUCGCAGACCUGACCUUCAAUGUAGUGGCUUUCACCGAGGUUAUGGGUAUGAUCUGGAAGCGGCUCAAUGACCAUGGUAAAAACUGGCGCCAUGUUUAUAAGGCGCUGACCCUGCUGGAUUACCUGAUCAAAACAGGCUCUGAGCGUGUGGCCAAGGAGUGUCGGGAGAACAUAUACACCAUCCAGACACUGAGAGACUUCCAGUACAUAGAUCGGGAUGGACGUGACCAGGGUAUCAACGUCCGAGAGAAGGCCAAACAACUGGUGGCUCUGUUGAGAGAUGAGGAAAAGCUGAAGAGGGAAAGGAGCCAGGCACUGAAGACCAAGACGCGCAUGGCAGGGGUCACCAGUAGCUAUGGCUCUGGAGCCUUGCCUCCUCCAUACCCAGGACACCGUGCGAGCCAGCCCAGUUCAGCAGGGGCCCAUGGGGAUGAUUUUGGGAGGUGCAAAGACUCACCUUCCUCCUUUCACUCCUCCUCUUCCUCUCCUCGACUUGCUCCAGACCUGGAGCAAGCUCGGCCUGCGACCAGUGGAGAAGAGGAGCUGCAGCUGCAGCUGGCCCUGGCUAUGAGCCGAGAAGAAAGUGAAAAGCCACCUCCCCCUGUGGACAUUGAUGAACAGACCCAGCUCCAGAUUGCUAUGAGUCUCAGCAAGGAGGAGGCACAGAAGCCAGUCCAACAGGCACCUGCCACAUUGGAUAUGGAUGAGGAAACCCAGCUCCAGUUAGCCCUGAGCCUGAGCAAGGAGGAGCAUCAGCAGGAACAGCUCAGUCGUCAAGGAGACGAGUCGAUGCUCCAGAAAGCUUUGGAGGAAAGCAAACGUCAGAUGGAGGCUAAAGGCGGGACCGCCUUCAUGGACCUGGUAGAUGUUUUUGCAGUGCCCUCAGAUCCGCCUUCUGGUGACCAUCGCUGGAAUAAUUCCACACACCAGGCAGCAGCUCAACCGAGCGGCACAGACCCUUGGGACUCCUUGGAGGGUAGCACUAACACUUCAAGAGUAGAUUCUCCGUGGAUGGUGCCACCAACCUCCAACAGCCCUCCUCCACCGUGGGAGCCCCCAGCUGGCCCUUGGGAUGCGCCGUCGAACAAUGUCACUGACCUCAACGCCACAGGCCGUGUCUGGGCUUUCCCUGCAGCCUCCUCGAGAGUUGAUCCAUUUUCAGCUCCAUCAGAAAGAACAGCACUUGAGGGAGCUGUCAGGGAACCUUUUCAACGAACUGGAAGUCCCUCAGAUGGGGAUCUGUUUGAUGAGGCCAUGGAUGGAGGUCAGGUGAAUGUCAACGGGCAAGGGGAGGGCAGUCCUGAGCUCUUUGACCUGUCACGUCUUGGAGAAAGCCUGACUGCCCCUAGCCCUCGUACAUGCCAGACACCUGAGUCCUUCCUGGGUCCCACAGCAGCGUCCUUGGUAAACCUGGAUAGCUUGAUCCCAGCAAAUCCCCCAGCCAAGACCAAGAAUCCCUUUUUGUCAGGCCUGAGUGCUCCUUCAGCCACCAAUCCAUUUCAAACUGAGCAGCCCAAACUAACUCUGAAUCAAAUGGGCUCCAGCUCCACCUCUGCGGCUCCUCAGAACACUUCUCUUCCAUACAGUGCCUCCUUGCCUCUGCCCAUGAGCCACCAGCCUGCCAGCCUCCCUUCGUCACUGACUCACCCCACCCAGCCUGGUCUGGAGCUGCCAGGGAACCUCCCUGAGCCCUUGUUGCCCUUCUCUUCAGCCAGCACUCAGGGAUCACAGGCUGCACAGAGCAGUCAGAACCCUUUCUUAUGAGGACUGACUAAACUGGAGAGAAAAUAUCUGAGAAAAGGGUGAAUGCCAUUAGGUUUUGCUCUUGAAAUAUCAUUCUAACCGCGAACCGAACUGCAGCCCCAAGAACUUGAGAAAUUGUAUGAAAACCCUAUUCUUGGUUGUUUUUAUAUUGUGGUAUAAUACAGUAACCCUUAGAUUGAUGCAAGCUGGUUCUGCUCUUCACUAUAACCGACUGUCCUGCUCCUCUGGUUACGAAUGCUGCAGGGACAUAAAAGAGAUGACACCUUUGUAUCAGCAAAUAUUAGUGUCAUGUAAAACUUCUUUAAGGCCAUAACCUAUUGCUACUUGAAUUCAGAUACAAACCUACACAAAAGCACAGUUUGAUAAUAUUUUGUUGUCUCUGCACAGCAAUACUAACCAGGCAAAUGUGUCAUGGCUUUUCAGUUAGUCAACAAGUCUGCUCACUCAACUGUUGGUAUGAUUAGCUUAGCUGGCUGCUGCUGCUGCUGUCAUAUACUCUGGCUCCUGAAAAAAAAACAAUUUCUAAUAACUGGGAACAAUUUCUGAAAGACAUAUCCUGCUCUUGAGAUGUUACUUCAUCAGACAACAUUAUGAACUUUGUGGGACUUUGGUUGGACCAGAAUUGAUGAGAAACAUAAGCGUAUAUACAAUUUUACUAUGGGGAAAUGAAUCGCUGGGGUUAAGUGAAUGAAAUUAUAGUUUGGGAGGACUGUUCAUACUUCAGAGUUAACUAUAAGCGAGGCAACAUUAGAAAAUGUAUGAAUCAUAGUUUUAUUCAUUGCUUGUGAACCACUGACUCAUCAAAUAUAAGGGUGUUAUUAUAACACUG